GUGAUAUAUGGUAUAAUCCGCGAAUUUCCAUAUCUUCCGGAAACCGCGAGUCUUUGAUCUUAAAAGAUGUUUCAUCAGAGGAUAUUUCUUCUUCACAAUCGUCUGCUUUCGGUAAACUAUAUCGCUCUUUUUCUCGAGACCACAAAGCAAACCCAGACAGAGAAGAAAAUCACGAGAAGAGGAAAAGACGAAAACAAUCUUCAAAAGGGAUUGAUGCAGACAAAUACUCAUCAUUUCCUUCAUUGGUAACUUUGUAUCUAGUAAAUAUUAACCCAAUAAUUAAUAAUUAUUUUCGUUUUUCAGAUUUAUCAACAUUUGGAAACGCGUUUAUUCAUAGGUACAGCCAUGGAACGUCCGAUAUACAAAUAGUCGAUUUCAUAAAGUACCGUCUCCCAACCGUGAUAGAAAUAUUAAAUACACCCAAGUUUGAUGAUUCGGAUGAAAUAUUUAAAACACCGAAGAUCAGACGAGGCUUAUCUCGUAUUAUUGCUGGUAAAGAUAGAACUUUUGAAAAGCUCAUGGCCAUUAUAAGACCCAACCUAAGUAGAACCUUAACACAAAAUAAUGGAACUACAAAAAUGGAAGGGCGUAAAGCAGUAUCAGAAACAGUUAUAAGAUCUCACUCCAAGGAUUUCUUAGGUACUAAAUCAACAUAUUCAUUAGUACAGGGUGACGGUCCUGCUCAACAUUCAUUUCUAUCAGCAAAUCAGUUGAAAACACCACAAUCAUCGCCUAAUCUCUUUGACGGUCCCUCCGUUAGGCUAUCUGUAAAAUCCGAUUCCAUAUCUGUAAAAAAUCAACCAGUAAAACUUUUUUCUUUAAACCCAAUUAUAAUUUACCUAAUGUCUUUGUUCUCAAGUAGAAUGUUCAGUAAAUACAAAGAACUUAACUUUCUACAAAACUAUUUAAUUAUAGGCAGACCAUUGGGAAAAUGUUUUAAGAUAUUGAAAAAAAAUGAACUUUUACAAACAUCUAAAUCCCGCCAGUCAGUGAUCAAUCCUAUUCAAUCCAAAUCAACACAACUAACCAGAGCCUCUAUUGUUACAAUAAUAAAAAAAAAACCUAAAAAAAAGGGUCAAGCUUUAAACCUUGUUCCAGAUAUGAAGCAUUACUUAUCAGCUCAGCUUGGGUAUCUUUCGGGUCUACUAAAAUCUGUUAUUGAUCGUGAGCUGACAAAGGCUGGAUUACAUGGUUCGGAUAAGUCAUCUAUUUCGAGUACUUCCUCAGAAUCAAUUAAAUCCGUUGAUUCACAAUCAACAGAUUAUUUACCACCUGAUUUGUAUAGAAAGUUCGGAACAAUCAAAACAAAAGAGCCCCAAAUAUCACCAAUUACAAAGGAAGAAGAUACUCCAUCAUCUUCAUUAUCAUCAGCUUCACAGAAUCAAAUCCCUAUAAUACCUAGUCGACAAAACACUCUCAUAAAAUCGACAAGAUCAUUAUCUAUUGGUGGAACUUCAACUGGUAUGAGAAAAGUACCAUUGACGAUGGACAAUGUAAUAUUUUUCAGAAUGGCUAUGACUUCCAUUCUGAAUUCACUUCGAGCUCACAUACUUGAUUUAUCUAACUACCCAAUAGAAAAUUUAUUUACUUGCCUGGCUGAUUUGCGAGUACCUACGUUGACUCAAUUGUUGUUGGAGUUCUACACAGAAAGUGUUCCAAAUUCCACUUUGGAAACCACAAUGGAUGAUGAUGAUUCUGACGCUGGUGAUAAUAUUGUAAUAGAUCCAUACGGCAGUGUUUUGAACAUAAAAAGGAGAUCUUCUUCAGAAUCGGACUACGAUGUAAAUGAAUAUGAAUAUCUAUAUGAAGAAACGGAGGAUAAUGAUAAUUAUCAAACUUUUCAACGUUUGAUAUCAGAGCCAUUUUAUUGCAUUUUACCGCAAUAUUUCAUCAAUUCUUUACUGGAUUUCAUAGAAGAAGGGGCUGAAAAAGGAGGCAUAUUAAAUCCACUUUUUAUAAGUCGAGCAUAUUAUGAAGCAUUACGACGGUACUUCAUUCAACUUGAUUAUAUAGCAUAUCAGCGAAUACCCAUCCCACGUUGGAGAUAUUGGUUUAUUAGACAAUCGGAAACUAAAAUAAAAAAGAGAGUAUAUUUUUUGGAUUUUUUAUUGGAGUUGGCAAAUCAGUUUGUAAACAUGUUAUACAGAUGUAGCAGUUGUAGACAAUUUUAUCACUGUUUCAUAAGAUUUUUAAGCUGUAAGGUGUUUUACCGUUUACAAGGUCCAUUCGGUUAUGUUUCAUCGCAUACAAUGCAUUGCCAUAGAAGAGCAAUAAAGUUAAUAAUUGAAUCAACAAUUAUACCUCUUGGAGAGCUUCGAAUCGGAGGUCAUCUCGAAAAGGCGAUACUUUUUAAAUUUUUGGCGGAUUACUUUAUGAUUCCUUGCCACCUAUAUAGGGUGGGCAAUCUACUAACAUGGGUGGAAGUACCUCUUUAUCCGCACCAUCGUGUAGAAGAAGAUUAUUACGUAGUUGAUUUAUUCCAGGAUCCUGGGUAUUUAUUUGAAAAAGAUGUUAAACAAUUAAAAGAACUCUUCGGAUACCAAGAUCGUACUCUAUAUGACCGAGGUGAAUACAAUAUUGCUACAGAUAUUGAAAUAUGGCUUGAAGAUGCCCAAGAAAAGGAAAUGAGUUUAUAUAAGAUUACCCCGAAGGAUAGUAAAACUAAUAGUGAAAUUCUCAAACAUCGUAGAAAAAAGUUAUUAAAAUCAAAUAUUCGUAAUUACAUAAAACGGCGUCUUCAAUCUAUGUUAAAUAGCCGAAUUGAAGUUUUGGAAAAAUAUGAAAAUGAUAUAUUAAAUGCUAACAGAAAAGAUACCGACAAAAUAGAGUUUAUGGUGUCAAAAAUAUCUAAAUAUGAAUAUGUCAAAAAAGAAGAUAAAGUAAACACACAAUUAGAACGAAUUAUUAAUUCAAGAAAUGUUCAGAAAAUUAUCAAUAAUAUUUUAGUAACGUUGUUUAGCAGAGGAAAAGAUAACUAUAUCGACAUUUCUACUAUUAACAAGUUAUUUUCAAAUCAUAAAGAAUCAAAUAAAAUUGGAGAACGUUCCAGUGUUGAAAACAAUGAAUGUAAAAAAGAAAUACCCCGCCAGGAUUUAAAUCCUAUCUUAAAAUUAUCAGAAUGGAGCAUUGAUGGGGAACUGAAAAACUAUGAACCUGCUUUAGUUCCACAGACGGAAUCGGUUCCACAGACGGAAUUGGUUCCACAGACGGAAUUGAUUCCACAGACGGAAUUGGUUCAAACAACAUCGCCUCGUAAAUCUACACCACCUCAAAUGUGUAGGAAUAAAAAGAGUAGGAGAAAAAAAAGAAAAGAGAAAAAAAACAGUUUAAAAUAUAUAAGAAAAAAAAUAAGCAUGGUUACCGAACACAUCAAGCGUAAAAAAGCUCAUUUUUUUGCACAAUUUACUGGAACUCAUCGCCAAUGCCCGGUGGACCGCUGUGUAGUAAAAAAAGCGAAAUUUAACGCUUGGGGUGGAACAAGGCUUCUGAAUGAAUUAUCUUCUGAAGUUGAUUCGUACUCAUCUCAAGAAAUAUUAUUGUAUGAUUGGAAUAAAGAUCACUUAUCAUUUUCGAGGGAUGAAAAAAGGAAACGGAUAUCAAUGAAAAGGGGCACUUCUAAUGUUUUGAAAAAAAUGCCACUUAUGCAAGAAUUUUAUAGUAAACCAUUAAAAGAAACUCGUGCGUUACUACUAAUAGUAGUAAAAGAAAUCGAGAAACAUAUUAGUCCAGAAAAUAAACAAACUGAUUCGAAAUAUACUCAAACAAUAAAAGAGAGAAUUCAUUUCGCAGAUGAAAUAUAUGAUAACUUUGAAACAUAUGAAAUAUAUGAAAAAAAGCUAUCAAUAGUUGAUGAACAAGUUGAUGAACAAAUUGAUGAACAAAUUGAUGAACAAGUUGAUGAACAAGUUGAUGAACAAGUUGAAAAUUUAGAAAGUAAAACAUAUAAUGCAAACAGUACUCCCAAAAUAAAGAGUGAUGGUUUAUCAAUGAAAUUUCAACGACUAGAAAAUCGUAUGGAUGUCACCUCAUUAAAAAGAAAAUUGGUAUCAUUACUUAAAAAUAAAAAUAAAAUUCGCCAAGGAACAGAUUUCCCAGAUAAUUGUAAUGAAGAAAUAUAUGACAAAAACUUUGGCGAAAUAGAAAUCGAAACAGAAGAGCUAGAAAUAAAUCCAUUAGAUUACAUUAAGAAGUACCCAGGUGUAAUAAUAGUAAAAACAGGCAGAGAACAUCGCCUUGUUCAUAAAUCAGUGCAAACUACCGAUCCAGAUCUGAUAAAAAGGAAAGCCCCCGAUGAUAUUAUUACUAAAGAAGACCAAGAAAAAAUAAAAAAAAUUCUAGAAGAUAACAUCUCUUUAUCUUCUUACGAAAUAGAACUGAAGAAAAUAAACGAGAUUCCACCUGAUACAACAAUAUCAGAACUUUUCUUGCUUGACAUUUCAUCUGUCGGAUCCUCAAGUGAGGAAAAUAGAUUAAUUAGACUAAGCGAAUUUGCCAAACAGCAUUUAGAAAACUAUAUCGCUGAAAAUGAACCACCCAAUUAUAUUCCUCCGAAAAGAGGAUACAAAAUCAAACUACACCUGGAAGCUUAUACGGGGAAUAUUGAUGAAAUGGUUGAAUCUUCAGAUGAAGAUUCUAUAGAAUCAGCUGCAGAUCGUCAUUCCGCUUCAGAAGACCACAUUUUUUUGCCAGAUGUCCUACAGCUGACGUUAAAGAAAGAUAAACAUUCGGCCGAUAAAGUCUCAGAUCUUAGCAGUGACAAAAGUUACACAGUUAAAUCAACUGAAAGUGACUCAAAAUCAUUUAUUACUGUGAAGGGAAAACAAGUCUUGAGUGCCAUUACUAAUCCCCCAUCGGAUAACAAAACAUUGAGUGUGGAAGGUUGGUUAAAUUUAAGAAAGAAGCUACUAUAUGACAUGUUUUACACUUACGAUCCAAAGAAACAAGACUUAAGCGAAUUGCUUUACCAAAUAAAUUUUAAUUUUGAUGAAAAAAAUAUUAGUAUGUCACAAUUGUCUAUUGAAGAGGAAUUAGAACAUUAAAAUAUAACCGUACUAUAAAUUAAAUGUCAUUUUAAAAGAAAUAUGGCAAAACUGAGAAAGAAGCAAAUAAAAAAAAAUUUACCCUUGGAGGAAUAGAUUUACUUUGCAUUAAAACAAUGUGUCACAGUGUAUUAUUGAAUACUUUUGUAAUUUUUUAUUCAGAAUUUUUAUUCUUUGUUAAAUUAUAUUUAGAGCUGUAUUUAACAUUGAAACGCCCACAUACACACGCAAAGCCAUCGUCAAGAAUAUAGCUACGUAACAUCGUUUGGAAAUUCUUUCAUUUGUGAUAGUUGACUAUGAUAUCUCCCUUACCAAAUUAUGUUUCAAAGAAAGGCUUAAAACGAUCCUAAAUCUCAUUAAAGGUCAAUGUCAUUAAUCCAAGACCAUCCUUUCCUCUGGUGUCCGUCACAAUGCUUCACGAGAUGCUAUUAUAUUUAUUAGUUUACUUUCCCCUCUUCAUCCAUCAUUGGCAAUAUAUCAGCUCUUCCUCACUUCCGAUCUAUAUUAGCUUUUGAAAAUUCCAAUA